AUGAAUUUAUCAUAUAUUCUAAAUCCAAUAAGUAUACCUAAUAUGUAUAACAUAUCGAAAACCGAUAACGAUAUAUUUAUUAUGGAAAAGUCCAAAGUCAAUAGUGAAUCUCUAGUAGCCAAGGAGAUGUUAGUAAAAAACCAAACCCCAUCAAAAGUCCAAAUAAAACCAAACUUUUUAUAUAACUGGUCCCCAGUUCAAGUGGAAAUUCUCAUCAGAAUGGUCAUAGAGUGUGACUUCUACAGUCUAGAUCCAAUGGAGAGAAGAAAUCAAUGGGAAAAAAUAGCAAAGUCCCUUAAUAGAACUGUACCAGCCGUCAGAGCCAAAUUCAGCCGACUGAAAUUGGAUAGCAAAUUAAAACAAGCAGCUUUAUAA